CAAUUUCUGUUUCUUUCAAAGAAGCCAGCGUUCAAGCUCGCCUUGUCCAGCUUGUCGUCAGUGUGUUUGGUUGCCCAAUUUACGGACACAUACUAGCCUACCUGAAAAUAAGCUAGGCUAACCUUCCAAACAUAACAUCAUUCUCUUACUGUCCUUAGAUUUGGCAGCACAGUCUGAGGUUUGAUUGAAGAUAACAUCAUAACAAAGACCCGCCACACUUGAUAGCAUUAUGUCUCGUGCUCAGGCAGAGAGCGUUAUCAAAAAUAUCAUCAGGGAGAUUGCCCAAGAAUGUGCCAGCAAAGGCCAGGCAGUCUCAGAGACACUGGUGGCAUUCAUGGUCAAGGCAGUGGUGUUGGAUCCAGCAAAUGAAUUCAACGUCGACAGAACCCUGACCAAAGAUGACGUGCAAAAGCUUAUAAAGAUCUGUGUGGAUCGCCUGUUGGACACCCGAUCUGCAGCUUUGGACACAGUCAAAAUGCAGGUGUAUUUUGAUAUGAACUACACUUGCCGAGCUGACUUCCUGGACGAGCAUCGUCGCGUCCUGGAGCAACGCCUCCAGCCGGUCAUCCGGGAGAUCACCGACAGCCGGGCCCGUACUCGGGAGGAACUGGAGAGUCUCUACCGCAAGAUCGUGUCUGCCGUCCUGCUGCGGUCAGGCCUGGGUUCACCUACUGAUAUCGCUGUUGUAAGAGAGGCAACAGCUGCUCUUCAGAGCGUCUUCCCGCAGACAGAGCUGGGGACCUUCAUGUCCCUCGUCAAACGAGACAAGGAGAGGCAGCUUGUGGAGUUGACACACAUCGUCACUGGUAUUCGGCUCUUCAACAAGGAGUGCGGCAAGGGAGGAGAAGGCAUUGACGACUUGCCAGCCAUUUUGAACGAAGCUGUCCCGGCCACCACACAGAAUGUAGAUGGUGCCAUCCAGCGCUCGUGUGACAUCGCUUUCAAGUACACAGCCCUGAUCGAGAGGAUUAUGGGAGGAGAGGUCAAGGAGGGGCCCUCCAUCAAGGCUCUCAAGGAGGCCUUGAUUAACAGCCGUCAGCACGAGUCCUUCCUCCGCAUUAUCCUGAAUGACGUGAUCAGCUGUGCCCAGCAAGUUGAAAUGUUAGAAGCUCAACUGGGGUCCAGACUGGAGCAACUGCAGGCUACAGUGCAGUCCAAGACAGCCGUGCCUACAGCCCAGGUCUAUCCUCAAUUCAUCAACUUGGCCCACAUCUGGAGUGGAUUUCAAGACGAGAUGGUUCUCCUGAGCGUGCUCAGUAACAUUCUAGCAAGCCUGGAACCUUUCACAAAGGGUCAUAAGGAGGUUUUCACGGCUGAGAUGAUGGCGCCAUUCUUGGAGGGGAUGCACAUCAAAUCUGACGAGGAAAGGAUCAGAGAAACAACAGCCGAGGAACACCGUGUGAAGCCGUCAGACUUCAAGCACGUGGAGUGGCUGUUUCCAGAGACCACCAAAAACUUUGAGCGGCUCCCUCUACAGUACAGGGGCUACUGUGGCUGGGCUUUGGUCCACUUUGACCGCCUCUUGCUCCCUGGCAAUCCAGACAUCGGUGUGUUACGUUACAAAGAUCGCUACUACGUCUUCUCGUCAAAAGAGGCAGCCUACGAAUUUGCCAGCAACCCUGACAGGUUCAUCAUGCACGUUGCUGAGUGCGCCAAAGUUUCUCCAGAACUGAUCCAGCUGCUCGAACUGCACGCUCAAUUCGCCACCAUAACGCCGUACACGCAGGGCAAAGACCAGGGUCAGAUGAUAGAGAAGCCCAUUACUAAGUGCGACAUGGGCGUGCAGACUGAGGUGCACCCCAUUGAGUCCAACAUCGUCAAGUCCUACGAGUGGAAUGAGUGGGAGCUGCGAAGGAAAGCCAUCAAGUUGACCAACCUGCGUAACAAGGUGACACACUCCAUGCAGACCAACUUGAGCAACCUGAGACGAGACAACGUGACCCAGGUCUACCUGCCUAAGGAUACGGCCAGCCAAACCAAGACGGACGGCGCAAGUAAUGUCCCAAAGCCGCAGACAUUCCUGGCCGGACUUCGAGGCGGUCAAACUAAGACCACCGUCAUGACCAAAGUGGACCUCACGCUGGACGUCGAUCAGACCUAAAAAAAAAAUCCUGAACAUGCCUUUGACACUAGAGUGAGCUUUUCCAAAUCACUUGUAAUUAAUCUAGAGAUAACAUGAAUAGAGCAUUGUUCCAUACCAAAAUGCAGUUCCGUCCUUAUGUAGAAAUUGUUGUUUAGGGGGUUAUUCAGGGAAAAUAUGAUAAAGUAUUUCUUCAUUGAGUUCAUUGAGUAAAAGAUGCAUGUUUUGUUUAGCAACAAUGUUUUCCACAGCACUCAUAAAAAGGAUCGAUAACAAUUAACACUUGAUGUCCCUCCACUAUGUACAUAUUAAAAUAUCCCUUUGACUUUUUUAAGGAAAAUAGACACAGAAGGAAAGGAUUGAUUUUUUUUCAUUUGAACUGCAAUGUAUGUUCAUUUGUUUUUGCAGAUGUAUAAAAUGUGUGGGCAUAACAAUAGUCACUUCAUUAAUGUUCUGUUUAUUGAAAGUGGCAUAUAAAUAAAAAGCAUGGGUUUAUCAUUUCACGA